AUGCAACCGCAACCAAAACUUGAACCUUACAAAAAGGUAAGAGAAGCGCAAUUUCUUCUACAAGCACGCGCAUUCAGAGAGAAUAAUCAUGUAUUAACCAAUGAAGAAUUUGAACAAUUGAAAGCAUACUUUAUUGAAACUUUAUCCACUAAUGAAUUCUAUGCUGAAAACCCCAAGAAGGAUGAACCAAUCAAUCCAUUCGAUCCAAAUUCUAACGAAGCCAUUAUGCAAAUGGCAAAAGGAAAUUUACUCAAUUACAUCCCACAAACAUUAAUUAUGGGAUGGGUUAAUUACUUUUUUGCUGGAUUUGUUAUUAUGAAACUACCAUUUCCAUUAACCGAUGGGUUCAAAAGCAUGUUACAAAAUGGAAUCAUGACUCCUAAUUUAAAUGUGCGUUAUGUUUCUUCAAUAUCUUGGUAUUUUGUCAAUUUGUUUGGAUUAAGACCUGUGUAUUCAAUUCUCAUGGGAUCUUCUGAAGCUGAUGAGAUAAUGAAACAAGCCUCACAACAACAACAGACUCCAAUGCCUAAUAUUGGUGGACCGGGUGGACCUAAAGCUGAUAAGGUUUUUGCUGCUGAAGCGGAAAAUAUUCAAAUUUUGGAUCAUGAGUCGGUUUAUGAUGGAAUUAUUGAGAGAUUUGUUGAAACUUAUGGAUCGUAG